AUCAGAAGAACGUUCUAAAUAAUUCACUUGACCUUCCUGUCAUGCAGUAUACUCUCUGCGUCGUUUUGACUGUGGGAUCUUGUUAUGGUAUUCUUGUACAGGACCCUCAGUUGUACGAACAAAGACUGGGGCACUUAGAAUCCUUAGUCCAGCAGCAGAGUACAAAGAUCUCUGAGCUAGAGACGAAGUUGGCAAAUACACACGCAGGUGGUACUGACCCCGUCUACUUUAGUGCCUACUCGCAACAGACCUUGAGGCCAGGUAAUCAUCAAGCCAUCGUGUACGAUUCUCUUUAUCACGACUCUCACAAUGCGUACGACCAAACGACUGGCUUCUUCACCGCUCCUGUCAAAGGGUUCUAUGUUUUUGCAUGGACGACGGAAAUUAACCAUGGGUACAUAUUUGACAGUGAACUACUGGUGAAUGGAGCUAGGCGGCAGAAAAAUGGAUGUGAUAUGGUCGGCGCUACCCAAGGCUUCACCACCUGUACCGGAGUUGUCCCUCUUGAACUUAAAGUUGGUGAUGUUGUUUACAUACGCUCUGUCAGUGGAAAUUACGUGUUGGGAAAUGGGUGGUUAUCGUUUACUGGAUGGCUUGUUCAUAAAUAACUCAUGCAGACACAUGUGAAGGAUUUUUCCAUAAUUGAUUAUAAACUGUGUGAAAUAUGUACACUAGAGAGUAUUCGAAUGUCCCUUUUCUAUUUUUUAAACACGAAUGUUCACUUUGAAUUGCAUUAUCCGAUAUGCUGAUUAAAAUA